GCGAGUCUCUGGAACAGGAAGUGAAACCUGCUACUGCUGAGUGCUUAUUGUAGCACUUUGUUCACAAAGUUGGGCUGCCUUUGACGGCUCCGGGGCUUUGAAAGAUGGACAGCCAAGGAAGAAAGGUGGUGGUUUGUGAUAACGGAACAGGGUUUGUCAAAUGUGGCUAUGCCGGAUCCAACUUCCCAGAACACAUCUUCCCAGCACUGGUGGGCAGGCCCAUCAUCCGAUCCACAGCUAAAGUGGGCAACAUUGAGAUUAAGGAUCUGAUGGUGGGAGAUGAAGCGAGUGAACUGCGCUCAAUGCUGGAGGUCAACUAUCCCAUGGAGAACGGCAUCGUCAGGAACUGGGAUGAUAUGAAGCACUUAUGGGAUUACACCUUCGGUCCGGAGAAGCUCAAUAUCAACUCGCGCAACUGCAAGAUCCUCCUCACAGAACCUCCCAUGAACCCGACCAAGAACCGUGAGAAGAUCAUAGAGGUCAUGUUUGAGACAUACCAAUUUGCAGGUGUUUACAUCGCCAUCCAGGCUGUUCUGACGCUUUAUGCCCAAGGCCUGUUGACAGGGGUAGUGGUGGAUUCAGGCGAUGGAGUCACCCACAUUUGUCCUGUGUACGAGGGCUUCUCUCUGCCCCAUCUUACAAGGAGACUGGACAUCGCGGGACGAGACAUUACACGCUAUCUCAUUAAGUUGCUCUUGCUGCGAGGAUACGCCUUCAACCACUCUGCAGACUUUGAGACGGUACGCAUGAUGAAGGAGAAGCUCUGCUACGUGGGAUACAACAUCGAGCAGGAGCAGAAGCUUGCUCUGGAGACCACCGUAUUGGUGGAGUCCUACACGCUCCCUGAUGGCAGAGUUAUUAAGGUAGGAGGUGAGCGGUUUGAGGCCCCAGAAGCUCUGUUCCAGCCUCACCUCAUUAACGUGGAAGGGGUCGGAGUGGCUGAACUUCUCUUCAACACCAUUCAAGCUGCAGACAUUGACACCAGGGCUGAGUUCUAUAAACACAUUGUUCUGUCAGGAGGAUCCACUAUGUACCCUGGUCUGCCCUCUCGACUAGAGAGGGAACUUAAACAGCUUUAUCUAGAGCGGGUACUGAAGGGUGACGUUGACAAGCUCUCGAAAUUCAAGAUCCGGAUCGAGGACCCUCCCCGCCGCAAGCACAUGGUGUUUCUGGGUGGGGCGGUGCUGGCUGACAUCAUGAAAGACAAGGACAACUUCUGGCUGACGCGGGAGGAGUAUCAGGAAAAGGGCGUGCGCGUUCUGGAGAAGCUCGGCGUCACCGUCAGAUAAACACGGAUGCGCUUCUCGGAAAAACGCGUCCCACGACCCCUGCAUCUGUUAAUGCGUCUAUUUUACGUCACCCAUCUCUUUUGUUCAGCCUGCUCUGCCACUGAAUCUUGUCAUCAGGUGCGGAUUUAUGGGUUUGGAUUAUGAAGGGGACUGCUGGUUUUGUGUUGGGUUGUGUUUGCUUCUCUGUCACUGCGCUGACAUAUGUUUGUGUGCUGUCGGCACAGCGUUAGCGGCGAUCGGGUCAUUCCUGCUUUGCAGUACAUUUUCUUUUCCCCUUCAUAUAUAAAUAUCAUUUUAAUAUAUUAUAAUAUAUUCUAUAAAUGUAAAAGUUUGUGGUCGCUAAUAUAUAUAUAUAUAUAUAUAUACAUAUACAUAUACAUUUUUUUUUUUUUUUAAAGAAAUCUUUUCUGCUCUCCAAGGCUGCAAUUAUUUGAUGAAAAAUACAGUAAAAACAUUGUGAAAUAGUAAUACAAUUUAAAUAAAAAAAUAUAUAUAAAAAAUAAAAAUAUAUAUACAUAUAUAUGUAUAUGUAUAUGUAUGUAUGUGUAUAUAUAUAUAUAUAUAUAUAUAUGAUUUUUUAUAAUUCUUUUGCAAAACUGAAUUUUCAGCAUCAUUACUCCAGUCUUCAGUGUCACAUGAUCCUUCAGAAUCAGCAUAUUAUGCUCAUGAAUAUUUCUUAUUAUCAUCCAUGUUGUGGAAACUGUGAUCAUUUUUCCAGGAUUUAUUUGAAAUAAUAGAAUGUUUUACUGUCUUUACUGUCACUUUAGGUCAAUUUACAGUAGUCAACAUUUGAAGUGGAUCAAAAAAAGUUCAUCAAAGUUGUCCUAAAACAAGAACAGGUAUUCAGGUAUUACAAAUUUAAUGAAAGGUUUUGAUCCACUUCAAAUGUUAAAUACUGUAGUCCUAUAAUCCUAUACAUAAGUAUUCAUUUAUUUCAAAAAAAAAAAAAAAAAAAAGAUAUUGACCAAUCUUACAAACUUUUAAAUGGUAGUAUAUAAUUUAAAUGACAAAUUAUAAAUGUAUAUCUUGAAUACAAUUUAAAACUCAGGUUUUAAAGAUGAAAAUCAUAUUAAUUUUAUUUUUUGUAGUUUCACGAUUAAGUAUUGUAUUAAUUUUAUUAAGAAAUAGUUGUUUUUUUUUUUACACUUUUUUUACACUACCAGUCAAACGUUUUUGAACCGUAAGGUUUUUUUUUUUAUUAAGCAUUCUUUUCUGCUCACCAAACAUGCAUUUAUUUGAUCCAAAAUACAGCAAAAGCAGUAAUAUUGUGAAAUAUUUUUACUAUGUAAAAUAGCUGCUUUCUAUUUGAAUGUUUUAAAAUUUCUGUGAUUUCAAAGUUGAUUUUUUUUUCAGUAUCAUUAUUCCAGUCUUCAGUGUAACAUGAUCCUUCAGAAAUCAUUCUAAUAUGCUGAUUUGCUGUUCAAUAUUUAAAACAGUUGAGUACAUUUUUUCAGGAUUCUUUAAUAAAUAGAAAGAUUCAAAAAUCAGCAUUUAUCUGAAAUAACAAGCUUUUUUUAGUAUAAAUUAUAAAAAUUAAUACUUAAAUAGUUUAGCAAGGAUGAUUUAAAUUGAUCAAAAGUGAUGGUAAAGAUGCAUAAUGCUACAAAAGAUUUCUAUUUCAGAUAAAUGCUGUUCCGAGCACCAAAUCAUUUGACUGUGGAGUACUGAUGCUAAAAAUUCAGCAUUUAAUCACGGGAAUAAAUUGCAUUUUAAAAUAUAUUCAAAUAGAAAACAGUUAUUUUAAAUAGUAACAAUAUUUCAAAAUCUAAUGAAUACAGGCUUGCUGAGCAGAAGAGACUUCUUUAAAAAACAUUAAAAAUCUUACUGUUCAAAAACUUUUGACUGGUAGUGUAUUUUUUAAUUGUUUUAAAGUAAUUCACAUUAUCUGCUGAACUAACAGAACGCAAGGACAUGACAUCAAAACAGCACAAGCAUCUUUACAUAUUAGUAAUUAAUUUCAUAAAUUCUGUGAUGUUUUGUAAUUUGUGACUUGUGUCACCCUGAAUCAUUUCAAAUAUUUGAAUUACAGAAAAUUACAGAAAUCAUAAUCACACAUAUCCAAUGAAUUAUAAAACAAUUACUUUGAGUCUCAAUCCCUUUCUGAGCAAUGUCUAACUUUAGCUCUUUCCUUCCGACCUGUCAGGCAGGUUAUUUACUUCCUGCCAUUAGUCUAAAUAAUUAAUUUUUAAUGAAUGAAGUUUAAGUGUCUGGAAUGACACAGUACUGCAUGACAGAAAUGACCCAGUCGGUGCCGAGCAGUAUUUAACACCAAAGCUCACAAACACUUAUGACAGGCACCGUCAUCACUUCUGUAUUACUGCUAAGACUAUUAUAAGCUGUAAUGAAUCCUCGCCGCACCCCGUUCGUGACAGGAUGCGUUGUAGCGUAUGUCAGUCCGGUGACAGAGACACAAACGCGUUUUCAUCAGUGCGUAAUGUAAGGGCAGAAACAAAAAACAUUUUUCCUUUCCAGAGGAAAUUGCUGUUCUCUGCCAGCGUUACGACAACUGAAACUGAGCAACCAAAACUUAUUAUGGUUAUUUUGAUUCCAGUGUGGUCAUGGAGCUUUAGCCCAUUUGGUCCCGUUUCCCUGUUAGCGUGUCAUGUGCUUGUCCAGAAUAACAAGAGGGGCUCGCGUUACUCAUAAGUGGUUUUUUUUAGAGUUUGGAUGGAGAGUCUGUGGGAUUUUUACUAAUGUAUUUAUCAAGCAGGCCAGGUCUGCCUUUGGAAAUUGUUCAACAUACAGUUUCAACAGCUACAACUGAAGUUUUAUGUUGCUCAUAUAUAUAUAUAUAUACAUAUAUAUACUUCAAAGAAGAUGGGAUUUGUUUGAAUUCUGUUAGUCCAUUUGUUAUUGUAAUUAUUGCUGUUGUUUUUUUACUUUUUAUUAAUUUUCUCUUGCAGUGCUGUGUCUGGCAUAGAAUAAAAUAAUAAUAAUAAACAACCUUCUGCAAUAUCAGUCAGACAGUUUCUUUUAUUUGACUAAAUCAAUGAUGCUAUUUCUGUGUAAAUGAGGUUAGAAAGUAUUGUUAUAGUACAUAACAAAUACAUUGAUAAUUGCGUGUUCUGCCUUUUUUGUCUCAUGCCUAUAUUGGAGACAUUAUAUAUUUGUCCGCUAUUAUUUUAAAUACAUUUUAUCAAGUGCCAAGCACAAUAUUAUAUAAGUGGAGCUUUUUUCUCUCUUUUGGAUCACAGCAUAACUGCCGAAUGAUGGUUUAAAUAAAGAAUGUGAUUUAUACAUAUA